AUGCUGAUAAUCAGAGUGACAUUGAUCGUCGCUGCUUGUUAUGUGGUAGUCAUUGGAAUAUGUGAGAUAGUACCAUAUCUUGAAUACCUCAUCUAUCCGUUCAAACUUCUGACUGUGGGAUUACAUGAAUUAUGUCAUGCUUUAGCAGGGAUCUUAACUUGUGGACAUGUGGAGCAGAUCACGCUCGACCCACAUGAAGGAGGUUCAACGAGAAUGAGGGGAGGUAUACCAGUCAUCACUCUUCCAGCCGGAUACUUAGGUUCGUCAUUCAUCGGAGCGUGUUUGAUAACAUGUGGCUUCGAUACGGACGCUAGUAAAGUCGCUUCACUGGUUCUGUGUUUUCUCUUCCUUCUCACUCUUUGGUGGGCCAAGCGUAGUUGGGUUGCAUGGUUUAGUAUCCUCAUCACUGUGGCAUUGAUCAUAAUAUGUUGGCUAGUGGCACAUUCCGUAGCACUACGUUUCCUAGUCCUUUUCAUCGGCGUAAUGUCGUGUCUAUAUUGUAUCUGGGACAUCAUCGACGAUUCUUUAUCGAGAAAAGUCAAUACUUCCGAUGCUUCAGAAUAUGCGCACAUGAUAGGUUGUUGUGGUUCACGAUUUUGGGGAGCGUUUUGGCUCAUAAUUGCUAUUGUCUUUUUUAUAGCUGGUAUACUCGUAGGACUGGUUGCUUUCAAACAAAGUUGGGCAGAACAACGAACUUCUGCUGAUAAUUUCUUGGGUGGUGAGUCAUUUUGUCGUCAUCUAGAUGAAUAG